AUGGGCCGUGUAAAACAAGCUGCCUCCAUUUCAGAAACUGGAUUUGGUAAAGGACUCGUGGGGAACCCAAAUGGAAUCGCUGCAGCAGGCCCAAGUUUCAGGAGAAGCAGGCAACUUCCCUGUGUGUUUGAGAUGACCAAGACCAUUCCCCUGUCAAAAGAGACUGAGAUCGUCAGGCUGAACGUCAGGCUCCUGCUGAGCAGAACUGGAUCAAAAGAUGGUCAAAGCUCUCAGCCAGAAAACCUUCCUCCAGACAAUAUCCCCUUAUUUAUUGUACAAGAGUCCUCAGUGGAUAUUCUUCAGUAUGUAGAUGAGGAUAUCAACAUGCUUGACUGCAGGAUCAGCCCUUACUUUACAGCAGACACUCAGAUCAUCUGGCCUGGGAGAGAAAUCAGAGCCAGCAGUUCAGACUCCUUGUUCACGUGCACCAUAAAACACACAGCUGGAAAACACGCAACUACAGCCUUCCUCGUGCAAGACCAGAAAGAAAAAGAGAACCCAAAUCCCGGACAGCUUUUCCCAGGCAUUGCAGAGCGACUGCAUGUUUCAGCGCUGCUCCUGGUGCGCACCGCGCCCGCCCGCCGCCGCGCCGCGCCGGGCCGCCACGUCCGGCUGGGCUGUGCCUUCUCCGCGGAGGGCCGGGCAGAGGCGAGCAUCCAGUGGGUGCUGCGGCGGGAAGGGCGGCACAAGAAGCGGCUGCUCGCCUACAGUGGGUCCAGCAAGCAGGUGGAACGCGUGGCUCGCCGGGCUGAGAUGGUCCUGGAGGAGAUCGCCAAGGGCAACGCUUCUCUGUUGCUCAGAGACGCGGAGACGACAGAUGAAGGAACCUACUCCUGCAUGGUGUCAGUGGCUUCUCUGACUGUGGAACAGACAAUCCAGCUGCAAAUAGAAGAAAAACCCACGGUGACCGUCAAUGUUAACUCCCUGUCUCUGGUGGAAGGAGAGCAGUACAAGCUGGUCUGCAAUAUCAGGCACUACUACCCACACAACAUCCAGGCUCAGUGGCUCCGGGAGCCAAAGGACUCCUGGAAGGUCCCCGAUGUCAUGAAGAACGUUCUCUCAAGCAGCCACCGGCAGAGCAGCAACGGCACCUACAGCUCCUCCAGAUACUUCCUGCUCACAGCAUCCCUGAAGGACAACGGCCAUAAGUACACGUGCUGGGUAGACCACCCGAGCCUGCAGACCCCCAUCAGGAGAAGCGUGACUGUGGAGGUGAGAGAAGCUACCUCCACUGCCUGGCUCCUGCUGCUCCUCGCCCUCGCCGCGUGCCUCGCGGGCGCCCUUUGGUACCACCACAAAGUGAGGAGCACUGCUAAGCCCAAACCUUACUAGAGACGGGACCUCCAGUGCCAGCCAGGCAAGUCUGGCACUUCACUAAUGAAAAAGCCCUAAGAAGACAAAUGUGUUUAUCCUGAUUCAUUGCAACAAUCAAAAAAAAAAAGCGUGAAUGAAAAAUUCAAGAGAGGAGAAAUACCUCCACCACAUUGCCAAAAACCCCACAACUUACUUGCCUACCAAAUUCCAGGAGCGAUCAGUCACUAGCUAUGUGUGCACGUAGCAGGACUGACACGCUGCCUGCUGCCAGCCCUCUGUAAAGCGCUCGCCGCUGUUUCAGUUAGUUUUGCUGUUCUCCUCAGGAAACCGGGAUGCAACCAUGGCCGGAGGGAAGAGGUGGCUUCAGCUUGGGCUGGACUUGCUUCGUUUUAGCCAGAGAUGGGAUUUGGCCUCACACAGAUUCAGUGCUGGCUCAUCAUCCUCUGGACAAGGGGAGAAUUUGGGUUUGGUAACCGAGAAUAAUUUCUACACCAAUAAAGAUUCG